AUGUCUGGGCAUGGGGUGAACCCAAUUCCCGACACAUUCUCGUCGUCGCACCAUUACUUGAAUUCCUUCGUGUUCCCGCUUCUCGAAGAAACACACGCCGAUCUCCGCACGAACAUGCUGAGUGUGCACUCUGCACCCUUCUGCGAAAUAUACGACGUCGAAAUAUCGAAAGGAUUCAACAUUCCUAAGAACUUACAAUACUUGAUGGUUUUGAAAAAAUCGGGAAAUAGCGACAGCAGUACUCCCUUAGGGAAGUAUAAACCCGAGUCUGGCGAUUUAAUCGCGAUAACCGAUGUGAGACCAAAGUGCAUUGACGAUUUGAACAGGCCGAAAGUAUCGUACCUUGUUGCUGUAGUUCAAGGCAUGAAGGAAAAGAAUCUUAUCAAGAUUCCGAUCCUCUCGUCGAAGGUUAUUGAAUUCGAUAGGGAAAGGGGUAGAAUGGGAAAUAGAGUACUGUUUGCCGUGUAUCUUACGAACUUAACGACAAACAGGCGGAUAUGGAGCGGUUUGCAUCCCGGCGAAGGUGGAAAUAUGAACAUCAUUAACUCUGUUCUUAAUAUCAAUCCAUCCUUGUGUAAUGUACAGGUAGAAGAGAAUUGUACGCUUUGCUUGUCUACGAAAACCGAGAGCAUUAACGUGUUAAAGUCUAGAGAAGUUAUAAACUCAUUUGGGCUUGACGAUUCCCAAAAAGGUGCGGUUUCGAAUUGCAUUGCGUUGACUGAAUGCCGACAUGAAAAUAGGGUGAAGCUGAUAUGGGGCCCACCCGGAACCGGAAAAACGAAAACGGUGGCUUCAUUAGUAUUCACCCUUUUAAAAAUGAAGUGCAGGACACUGACCUGUGCUCCAGCUGUAAUGGGAGUUGCAAAGCGGUUGAUGAGUUGUCUGAGUUGUACGUUGGAGUAUGAUACUUACGGAUUGGGCGAUAUAGUUUUGUCUGGAAACGGUGAGAGAAUGAAGAUUAACGAGCACGAAGAUUUGUACGAUGUGUUUCUUGAUUAUCGUAUUUCCGUACUACGUCACUGUUUCGCACCGUUGACUGGUUGGAAAGGUUGUCUUGAUCAAAUGAUGUCCCUACUUGAAAACCCUCAGAGAACGCAAGGAGCUUUUGAAAUGGUGAUAAUCGACGAAGCCGCACAGCUUAAGGAGUGCGAGUCGGCUAUUCCGUUGCAGCUACCUGGUCUUCGCCAUGCUGUACUUGUCGGCGAUGAGAAACAACUCCCAGCUAUGGUUAUAAGCAAGAUAUGUGAGAAAGCUGGAUUCGGGAGGAGUUUGUUCGAGAGGCUUGUGAUGUUAGGACACAACAAACACCUUCUCAAUAUUCAGUAUCGAAUGCAUCCUUCCAUUAGUUUGUUUCCGAAUAACGAAUUCUACGGAAACCGAAUUAGCGAUGGUCCAAAUGUUAGAGAAAGAGCCUACGAAAAAAGAUUUAUCGAAGAAAAAAUAUACGGCUCGUUUUCUUUCAUAAAUAUAACCAAUGGGAAAGAGGAGUUCGAUAACCGGCAUAGUCGGAGGAAUAUGGUGGAGGUCUCUGCUGUUGCUGAGAUAGUGUCCAAGCUCUAUAAAGAAUGUACGAAAUCGAAGAAAAGGGUCCGUGUAGGUUGUAUAUCGCCAUACAAAGCACAAGUAUUUGCAAUUCAAGAAUCCCUUCGAAAGGCUAAUUAUAGCACCGAUGCAAAAGACUUGUUUUCGGUAAAUGUGCGAUCUGUUGACGGUUUUCAAGGUGGCGAAGAAGAUAUUAUUAUUAUUUCUACCGUUCGAUGCAAUGGGAAUGGAUUGGUUGGUUUUCUCGAUAAUCGCCAAAGAGCCAAUGUAGCUCUGACUAGGGCCAGGCACUGCCUUUGGAUAUUGGGCAGCGGCGCAACUUUGUUAAACAGCGGUUCGAUUUGGCAAAAGUUAGUGAUGGAAGCUAAAAAUCGGGGCUGUUUUUAUAAUGCUUACGAGGAUAAAAAUUUGUCGCUCACUAUUAGCAACUCACUAAUCGAGCUUCGACAAAUGAAUUCGUUGUUCAGUGUGGACUCUACACUGUUCAAAUUGGCUAUCUGGAAGGUAUACGAUAUGAACCGUCACAUUACAGCCACAAUGUAUAUAUACUUUCUGGUGAAGCUUUCGAACGGGUGGCGUCAGCGAGAGAAGAAAGACGAAAAUGCCCCUAGUUCCUCUUCUCAGCUACUUGAAUUGUAUGAUGUGAAGGGGACAAUAAAACUUGCAUGGACUAUUGAAAUAAUGAGGCAAAAUUCGGUGGAAACUCAAGUUAUCAAAGUAUUGGAUGUCUUGCCUCAGUCGGAAAUCGAACAGCUGUCGAAGAAAUUCGAUGCUUCUUUGGGGAACUACACUAUGAAUCAAAUGAGCCGUUGUCUGUGCAAACAAAAUCAAAGGGGGUUAAUAAUUCCGAUGACAUGGCCAAUUAACGAUGCACCGAGUACAACUAGCAACGAGCUAGCUACUCGGCUAGCAGCAAUCUGCUUGAGGAACAAUAAUCAGCCUAGAUCAUCUCCCAAAACAAGGGGAUUGAUGGUUCCGUCGACAUGGGAGGUUGAUGGCGGGAAGGUUACUACUUACGAGGCAGCAUCAAUCACUUGGAGAGAGAAUCACGCGCACACAACAAGAUAUUGA